AUGGUCCUAGCCUCUACAACCACGACAGCAAAUAUAGCCCUAAAAACUCCACUUGUUAUGCUGGGACAACGUAUACUGAUGAAACAGGUGGACUAUACGUUGCCUUACAGACUGGGCGCUAAUGCAAUCCUUGGCGUUUCCUUGGCCGUCUUGAAGGCUGGAGCUGCAGAAAAGAAUGUCCCAGUCUACCGACAUGUAGCCAAUCUGGCCGGCAUCCUGCGCGUCAGCCUGCCAGUACCAGCCUUCAAUGUGAUCAACGGCGGCAAACAUGCUGGCAACAAACUGCCCAUGCAGGAGUUUAUGAUCCUGCCGACGGGCGCAAAAUCCUUCUCCGAGGCCCUUCGCAUGGGUACCGAGACCUACCACCAUUUGGCCAAGAUAAUAAAAAAGAAGUACGGAAUUGACGCCUGCAACGUCGGGGACGAGGGCGGUUUCGCGCCCAACGUUGGUGAUGUGCACGAGGGUUUGUUGUAG